AUGGUUCGAAAUCCCAAUUUAAGUAGUGAUCGACAAGCGUAUAAGCGAUUGAAGCAAAUCAUUCGUGAGUAUCAACCCGAUAUUGUACAUACGCACGCUUCGAAAGCAGGAGCCUUAGGGCGAAAGGCAGCACAUUCUUGUGGUGUGCCAGUGAUCGUGCAUACGUUUCAUGGACACGUGUUUCAUUCCUACUUCGGGAAGUUGAAAACAACGCUGUUUAAAAAGAUUGAGCGUAAUCUAGCGAAGAAAUCGACUGGAAUUAUCGCUAUUUCUGAUAUUCAGAAAAAAGAGCUUUCUCAGGAUCAUAAAAUUUGUCCGGCGAAUAAGAUUAAGGUGAUUCCUCUUGGUUUUGAUUUAGAACCUUUCCAUGAAAAGUCAUUAACGCAGCGAUCUGGGACGCGUAAAGAAUAUGGACUUGAGGAUGAUGUCGUAGCAAUUGCGAUUGUUGGACGAUUGGCUCCGAUUAAAAAUCAUGGAUUUUUUCUGGACGUGAUUGAGGAAGUGUUUGCUCAAACAAAUCAGAAAUUGAAGGUAUUCAUCGUUGGUGAUGGACCUGAAAAAGCAAUGAUCUCAGAGCGGGUUGCUGAAAUCAACUCGAAAUCAAGUCACGAGAUUGUAAUGACUUCGUGGAUUAAGGAUAUUGGAACAUUCAACGCUGGAAUGGAUGUUAUUUGUCUUACUUCGGACAAUGAAGGAACACCAGUGAGUUUGAUUGAGGCACAAGCGGGAGGAAUUCCGAUUAUUUCAACAGAUGUUGGCGGAGUCAAAAAUGUUGUAGUAGAAGGUGAAACGGGCUUCGUAGUGCCGGUGGGAGAUAAGAAAGUGUACGUUGAAAGGUUACUUGAAUUGUGCGCUGAUGAAAAAAAACGAGCAAAAAUGUCACAAAAUGGCUGGAGCUUCGUACAAGAAAAAUUCCAUUACCGAACGUUGGUCAAAAACAUGGAUCAAUACUAUCGGGAAUUGUUGAAAAGUAAAAACAAAUGA